AUGGUGACUCCAUCAAAGGACAUUUCGACAGAGACUAUGUCGCAGAUUGCGAAAUCAAAGGACAACAAGUACGAGCUUCUCUACUUCCCCUUCCAUGGUGUCCUCCCCGCUCUCCGUGCCAUGCUCGCCAUCUCUGGUGCCGACUACACCUUUACCCACCCCGUCGACUGGACAAAGGAAAAGUCAACAACACCAUUUGGAUCCCUCCCCGUUCUCUAUGAGACAGACCCCACCUCGGGCCACACCCUCGAGCUCGCAGAACUCUCUGCCAUCGAAUCCUACCUAGGUGACAAGUACGGUUGGAUGGGCGACAACCUUUGGGAAAGAGCGCAAAUCCAGAUGUAUCAUUCUUCGACCCAGGCGGUGUUUGAUAAAUGGGUGACGACGGUUGUGAGGGCCCCCAAGGAGAACAAGGAGCAAAUGACGGAGAUUUAUUUGGAAAAGAUCUUGCCAGAGUGGGUUGAGACCCAUGAGAGGGGUUUGCAAGGCAAGAGGUGCAACGGACAUUAUGUUGGUGACAAGUUCUCGAUCGCAGAUCUGAAGACAGCAACAACGAUCGACAACCUGAUCUCAAUCUCGGGAGAGCGCUUCCUCUCGCGAGAAAAGACUCCCGCCAUCUUUGCAGUCUACGACGCCGUUGAGAAGAUGCCCAAGUACGCGGUCUGGAAGGCGAGUUCUGAAUGGAAGGCUUAUGAUGAGCUCAACAAGAAGCUCUUUGGCUUUUAA